CCAAUUCAGUGUCUUCAACAGAUCAAGCAACUAGAAACACAUCAACCAUGAAGAUCGUAAUUCUAUUCGCUCUGUUUGCCGUGGCUAUCGCUCAGGACAGCUAUCCCACCAAGUACGACAACAUCGACGUGGAUGAGAUCCUUAACUCGGAUCGUCUCUUCAAGAACUACUUCAACUGUCUGAUGGAUUCUGGACCAUGCACUCCGGAAGGAAACGAGCUGAAGAAGUAUCUGCCGGAUGCCAUUGCGACAGGAUGUUCCAAAUGUAACGAAAAGCAACGUGAGGUCACGGCCAAGGUGGCGAAGUUCCUGAUCGAGCAGCGUCCGAAUGAGUGGAAUUCUCUGCGCGGAAAGUAUGAUCCCGAUAACACUUUCGCCGAGAAAUACAAGGAUGAGGCUGCAAAGUUUGGAAUCAAGCUGUAAUCUUACGUGAAUUUGGUUUUUCUUUUAACAAUUUCAAUAUUCUUGCUUGGACAUUGCUCAAUUCGUUUUUGUUCUUAAUUUUUACUAUUACAUUAUUCAAUUGAUUCUUUGAAAUACAACUACCCAGUUCACAUUCAAUAAAACCGUCGACUUUUUUAUUGA